UGGACGGCUGUCAGCGCUCAGAAGAUGGUGGCGGCUGCGGCCACUGCGUUGCCCACCGCGCCUGGAUACCGCACAACAACAUUUCAUGCAGGUGUCGACGCUCGUGCAGCGCGCGGAGAACAGUCACACACCGGAGAUAAGACAGUCUCAUCUCACUGUGGACGAUGCAGAGAAUGGAGAGGCUGGACGAUGCAGCAGCCCUAAGCCUGUUAUAUUUGUCUUGGAUUUAAGGGGAAGUGUUUGGAGGUAUGAAGAUAUUCUCUGGUGUAUCCCGCAAUUCAAUUAAAGUGGCUGGAUCAGUGCAGCACUCAGCUUUGACCUGUGGGACUCCUGGUGUGGGGGGUGCGUGGAGCUGAGGUGGAGACCUUUUAAUUAGCCCCACUCUCUCCGGGGUUUCGUCGUCUGCCAUUUAGAGGAGGGGGGCACCGAGCUGCCGUGGGCAAAGUUUACUUCAGAGAAAGGGAGAGACUGGACGACACUUCAUGUAGUCUGCACAAGGCUGUCUUUCUCUGGGCUGCCCUGGUGACUGAAUAAACAUCCAGGAACCGGCAUGAUCAGAAUAUGUGGACAGUUUUCUUCGGGGCGCACUGUGACGAUGAACUGGCGACAUUUGGCGUGAGUGUGUGGAUACCAAAGCAAUACCGAUCAGCACUGAUCCGGCUGGUUGGCGCAUAGCCUUGGAGGAGCGUGUUUACAUACUGACAGCUAAGCUCUUGCAAUAAAAGCGUUUUGGGGUAUUUUAUGCGCGCCACGUCUCAUGCAUUUGUCUCCUGCAGACCUCCGUGCACACGAGUCCCUGUGGGGGUUUGGAGACGCAGCGGUGGCGGAGACACCCGAGCAGAAAGUCAGGAAAGGACGGGGCUCCGUCCGCGGGAACAGACGCGAUUAGGCCCUGCAGCAAGCAGCAUGUGGGGAUAAAUAAAAGCUCCGAUGGCAGUUUUUACGCCCACGAUCCCGUUACCUGGAAUUGAUCUGCGUCUUAAAACCAAAAGCUGGCCUUUGCGAUCAAGGCGGCAGUCAGCAGAGUCAGAGCAAACACUGCGGAGGAUGUGUUCAGGAUGAAGUUUUGCUCAGACCUGUAAACAAAACGUGGUGAAGUUUAGAAGAUAGGCCUGUUUGGCUGCUGGAUAUCCCCAGGGGAACGGAGUGGACAUGCACCAGUAAUAAAAGUAUAUUGACUGCACAUUUAAACUGGAUUUAAAAACCCCACUCUUACUCACAACUUCUCAAUAACUCCUAUUUCUUCUUGUUUUUGUGUUUCUUUUGCAACUUUUCCUUUACACGCACUCUUAUGUAAUGCUCUGAGUUUUCCCCAACAUUUCACCAAUGAGUAAAACUGUGUGCAGCCAGCUGAGUGGACUUGGGCAGGCACAGAGAAAGCAGCAAGUGAACCUUGCAGUCCCAAGUGCGUCAAAACAGUCCGGAACUUAGAGGAAUGCAGGGACUGACGUCAAGAGGUGCAAUAAUGACCUAUUCAAAAGCUUUGGAAGGUCUGCUGGUGUUUUCUUCAACCACUACACUGUUCUCAGAGUGGAUUUUUCUCUGAAAUGGUUUUUUGUGCUCUCCUUUUUCAGGUUUAAGAGUAAACAAUCAUUGCCCCAGCUGUUAAACUGCAGCCCAAUACUUUGCCUUACUUCUUUCUGUACUUUGUCUGUGACAUAAUCGUCCCCUCUGCAUUGGUUUUGAUUUUUUGGAUAGAUUAAAAAGCAACAUGGCAUCCCCGCAACAUCAACAACUGCUGCCUCACAACACAGAAGUGAACUGUGACUCAAGUGGAGAUGGAGGCGUCUCAGUGAGGAUUGGCAGCAGUGUCAAACACAAGCACGGAGGCGGGCCGCUGGGUUCAAUCGGGGGAGGCUUCAUCGUGGGGUCCAAGCACUGCAAGUACAGCAUUUCCUCCAGCUGCAGCUCCGGAGAGUCCGGAGCCAGGAGGCCGGUGGUCAAAAGCUUUCGCACACAUAAGAAGAUGCCUCAGCUUUUUGAGAGAUCCGCCGGUCAUUUCUGGGACCCAAAGUUUGACUCUUCAAUCCUGGAGGAGGCCUGUAGAGAGCGGUGCUUCCCUCAGACCCAGCGGCGUUUCCGCUAUGUGCUCUUUUACCUUGUUGCCGCUGCCCUCCUGUGGGGAUUGUACUUUGCUGCCAACCCUUCCCGCUGUGACAGGACUGCCUUUCUCCUUCCCACUGCGUCCUUCCUCCUCUUCUGCCUCCUUCUCUUCCUCUUAACUUUUACUAAGAUCUACUCUCGCUGCUACAACCAAGCAUCUCUGCUGCUCAUCUUUGUAACCUUCACCCUGACCCUGGCCCCGCAGAUCCAGACAUCAAGCUUCAGGGACCCGGAGGCUCCCACACCUGGGCUCGAUGAGGAAGAGUUCAGUGGCAUGGGGCCAAUGUACAACCUGUCCUAUGACAAGCUUGUGGGAGGCAGCACCUGGUCCCCUUGUCUGUCUCCUGUAGGCACUUUUUCCCUCUGUAUCGAGGUUCUUCUGUUGCUUUACAGCGUUCUCCAUAUUCGCCUCUAUGCUUCUGUCCUGCUCGGGUUUCUCUACUCUGUGUUUUUUGAGAGUUUAGGAUGGCUGCACCUGGCCCAGGCAAGGGAUAACUGGAGCUUAGCCUCUCAGUCAGACUGGGAUACAUUAUGUUGGCUUGGCCCUGCCAAAGCUCUGCUCCACCUCUGUGCCCACGCCAUUGGCAUCCACCUCUUCAUCAUGUCUGAGGUGCGCUCACGCAGCACCUUCCUCAAGGUGGGACAAGCUAUCAUGCAUGGCAAAGAUCUGGAGGUGGAGAAAGCCUUGAAGGAGCGAAUGAUCCACUCCGUCAUGCCCCGAAUCGUGGCCGAUGAACUGAUGAAGCAAGGUGACGAGGAGUUAGGAGAUAAUUCCGUUAAGCGAUACUCCACCAGCGGUGCAGCAGCUGCCAUCUCCAGCCCUAAAAACAAUAAACGCAAGAAAACCUCCAUCCCUCGAGGCCAGAUUAUCUUCAGACCCUUCAACAUGAAACGCAUGGAGCCUGUAAGCAUCCUCUUCGCAGACAUUGUGGGUUUCACAAAAAUGUCAGCCAACAAAUCUGCUCAUGCCCUCGUCGGGCUUCUAAAUGACUUAUUCGGACGUUUUGAUCGACUCUGCGAACUCACUGGCUGUGAGAAGAUCAGUACUCUAGGAGACUGUUACUACUGUGUGGCUGGUUGUCCCGAACCCAGACCAGACCAUGCCUACUGCUGCGUGGAGAUGGGCCUGGGUAUGAUUCAGGCUAUUGAACAGUUCUGUCAGGAGAAGAGGGAGAUGGUCAACAUGAGGGUGGGUGUCCACACUGGCACUGUACUGUGUGGUAUCCUGGGCAUGAAGCGCUUCAAGUUUGAUGUUUGGUCAAACGACGUCAACCUGGCCAACCUGAUGGAGCAGCUGGGGGUGGCUGGCAAGGUCCACCUAUCAGAGGCCACAGCCAACUUCCUGGAUGACCGCUACCAGCAUGAAGACGGACAAGUCAUUGAGAGAAUAGGACAGAGUGUGGUGGCUGAUCAGCUCAAAGGCCUGAAGACCUUCCUGAUCUCUGGCAGGAAGGUGGAGCCUCACUCCCUCUGUAGCUGCUCUCAGUUGGGGUUGGCGGGGCCUGAGGAUCCUCGGUGCCCCGCUUCCAGGGUGCACACACCUGACGGAGCGCCGGCAGCCUGCACCCUGCCUCCGGAAAGUGCUAAGUCUCCUUGUAUAUCCUGCAGUGUGGCCCUCAUACCAGGGGAGGAUCAGGUUCUGGAGGAAGGAGCGGUUCACAAUGGCUGCCAUGACGACCGCAAGACCAACAGCAGCAAGGACUCUUCAAAUCUCAAGUGCUCCCCAGCGGUUUCUGCAGGGCGCAGCCCCAAGACCCUGAACGGCCUCCUCAGUCCUCAGCUGGAGGCUCUGAACAACAGCCAGACGUCACUGUGCGAGAUGCUGCAGGAGAAGGAGAAGAAGACAUGGAGUGGAGGAGCCAUGGGCAUGGACCACUCGGCGCUCAUCCCUCUACGCUCCAAGAACUUCAGGGAGAGGAGCGACGCUCACUUUGUGGAUGUCAUUAAAGAGGACAGCCUCAUGAAGGACUAUUUCUACAGACCUCCCAUAAAUAAGCUGAGCCUCACCUUCCUGGAGAAGAGCCUGGAGUCUGCUUACCGGAUAAGCAACCAGGAGGAGGUGGAAAACCAAGCAGCAGUGCAGACUUUCGCCAGUCCAAUGUUCAGUUCCUUCCUGGACAUGCUGCUGUGCUGCUCAGUGUUUCUGGCUCUCUCGCUGGCCUGUUUCCUUCGACCGCUCGUCACCCAGCAGAGUUUGUCCACACCGGCGCUUGUUCUGACAGCUGUAGCCGCCCUGUUGGAGGCUGUGGCUCUGCUGUUAGCUAUACGUAUGGCUUUCUACCUGGACAGUGUGCUGAAUUGCACUCGGAUGCUGAUGAGAGCGAUCUCAGGCUGGGUGGCGCGUCACUUUUUAGGAGCUGUCCUGGUGUCGCUGCCCACUGUGGCCGUCUUCUCCCAUGUCUCCUGUGACAUGCAACUCUCCAUCCAGUUCACCAUGUUCAUCUGCUGUGCUGUCAUCAUAGCUAUCAUUCAGUACUGUAACUUCUGCCAACUCAGCUACUGGAUGCGCUCACUUCUAGCGACUUUGGUGGGACUAGCAAUGCUUGUCCUGCUCUUCAGCUCCCCCUGCAGUGUUGCUAAGAAGCUGUUUUUCUGGUCAGAUGGCUGGAGCAAUAACACCAACAGCAACAGCUCCAUCGUCAUAUCCGACAGCCCAGCGGACCCAGACCCACAGGACCUGCUGGGCCCUGAGGCCUGCGUGGCCUUUUUCCUGGUCCUUCUCCUGAUCUGGUUCCUCAACCGUGAAUUCGAGGUCAGUUACCGCCUGCAUUACCACGGCAACGUGGAGGCGGAUCAACACCGCAUCAAGAUCCAGAACAUGAGGGACCAGGCCGACUGGCUCCUUCGCAAUAUCAUCCCCAUCCACGUGGCCGAGCAGCUGAAGGUCACCCAGAGCUACUCCAAGAACCAUGAUAACGUGGGCGUCAUAUUUGCCAGUAUUGUUAACUUUAGUGAGUUUUAUGAGGAAAGCUACGAGGGAGGCAAAGAGUGCUAUCGUGUCCUUAACGAGCUAAUCGGAGACUUUGACGAGCUGUUACGGAAGCCUGCCUUCUCCAAUAUGGAAAAGAUCAAGACCAUCGGUGCCACAUACAUGGCGGCGUCAGGACUCAACGCGCAGCAGUGUGCAGAUGCGGCACACCCUCACGCCCACCUCCGCGCUCUUUUCGAAUUCGCCCUUGAAAUGAUGCGCGUGGUAGAUGACUUCAACAAGAACAUGCUGGGCUUCGGCUUCAAGCUUCGCAUUGGAUUCAAUCACGGGCCUCUAACAGCGGGGGUGAUUGGCACCACGAAGCUUCUCUACGAUAUCUGGGGCGACACAGUCAACAUCGCCAGCCGCAUGGAUACUACGGGUGUGGAGUGUCGCGUCCAGGUCAGCGAGGAGAGCUAUUGUGUGCUCAGUGGCAUGGAUUAUGAGUUUGAUUACCGUGGCACAGUUAACGUCAAAGGCAAAGGUCAGAUGAAGACCUUCCUUUACCCGAAGAGCAGUGACAGUGGCCCUGUGCCGCAGUACCAACUCUCAGUCUCACCAGAGAUCCGGGCACAGGUGGAUGGUAGCAUUGGGCGCUCGCCCACUGAUGAAAUCGCCAGCAUGGUGCCCACAACCGGCAUAACUGCAAGCAGUACCAAUACUAUGGUACCCAGUGCCAGCGCUGGUGCCUCUUCUACCACAGGGCUCAGCCAUGGGAGAGAAGCGGACAGCCGUGACAGACGUCCCUCGACCGGGACCUCCCAUGCCAGACGAUCUACGUCUCAUGGUGGCAUGACAUCUAUACCCGUUACCAACCUAGAAGGACCUCCUCCGUCUGCAAAUAACAAACCGCUCAUCAUCUCAUCCUCUGUCCAGCAAAACACAUCCCAGAAAGAUACCAAGAAGGACAAAUGCGAUGAUGAUUGUGUCAGUAACGUCGGAGAGUUCACCAGACUUUAAGAGUUUGCUACAAUGGCGCUUUAAUCAUAAAUGCUCGACCCUUUAAGCUCUUGUUCCUGCCGGUUGGCAUUUGUAGAAUUGCUGUACAUUUGGUCCUACCCUGGGUAGAACCAGAGAGAAAGACCCACUGGCCUCUUCUCUGCAUCAGCCAGGCAGCUGGUUGUUUUGAGUGUAAAUCUGAUUGGCUGAUAUUAUCAGUGGAGGGUGCAGGGUGCACCGCAAAGUGAGCAUCAGGCAGGAACGCACAAAGGAAAUGGGAAGAUGUUGAGGGCUGACUCUGAACCUUCUCUUGCCUGCUACAGAUCCCAUCGUCUCCCAUUAACUUACUUGAUUAUCCGUACACCUUUAAUCUUAAUUAUUUCUUUCAUAUGUCUUUUAAGUGCCUUUAGAGUAGAAUAAUGUGUAGACUAAGCCUUUUUGAGUAAGGGAAGAACAACAUAAAGGGAAAACUGUAAAUAAGCAAACUUUUUGGAAGAAAAAACUGCUUUGCUUUUGUUAUAACUUUACUUUGUAAACUAUGCUUUGCUAUGAUAUUUUGCCUUUAUCGAAGACGAGCUCACCUUACAUACAGAAAGUGCUACAACAAGUGAAGGGAAAUAAAAUAUCACUCAAAAUCUGCACUAGACGGCUGCGGAGCCUGUUCUUCAUGAGAAGCAGAAAACUCUUCAUGAAAGGCACAGCAGCAGCAACUAAUCAAUACAGGCUAAGGGCAGACAGGACUGAGCUGCAUGUCGUGUGAGUGUAUUUGCAUUCAGUGUGUGUGUGUAGUAACAAAAUCAUGCAGGGUUUAAUGAGGAGACGUCCCUUAUGAAUUACUCGACUGACUUGGUGAAACUGCAGGAUGAUGACAAACAGUUUAGGAACGCAGUCGCAAAAUGAAAAAAAAAAAUCCUGGUUGCUGAUGUGGCAGCUUUCUCCUCUGGCCCUUUGCAUUGCCUCAAUACUGAGGCAUGACGGUCUCAGCUACAUUUAAUCAGCCCGCUUGCAGCAACAGCAUCGUAGAUGAGGUUAACCGUUACUAGUGUUAUUGCCCUCCCCUAUGAUCCAGGCUCUUAAGGGAACCCAAGCUGUGUUAAGUGUUGAUGAGUAUUUCGAUGGAUCCGACGAGGCACUGCUGUACCUGUAGAGUGUCUUGACUUUAGCGCGAUUAGAGAAUACAACUGCCUAGGUUUUGCUGUGGAUUACACUGUGUGUUAGUUGAUAGUGCUUUUAAGACAUGGAUAAUCAAAGUGGAAUGUCACAAAUCAAAAAUGUGUUUUAUUGUAUUUAUUGUUGCACAAAACUUGAACUUGUUCAUGUGAAGCUCCCCUCUCUAACUUCUAUGAUUUGAAGGACAAUAUUAGGCGGACACAGCUGGAUGCGUUCACUGCUUUAUACUUUCAAUGGCAUGAAACUUAAUGUAAUAACACUGUAAAUGCAAAAGGCAGUGUAACAAACGUAUUCCGUGGUAUUCCCUAGGUGUUUUUUACGCUUUCUUUUUGACUCCAUUGAUUUCAUGCUCUUACGUCAGAUCACUAAGGAAAUCAAACUGAUUAAACUGUACAUUUCUGUUGCUCUUACAUUUUCUCUCUGUCACUGUUUCUUAGCAAAAAAGGCUUGUGUGCUCAGAGGCAAAAAAAAAAAAAAGUUUUACCAUAAAUCCACUUCAGUGUCUUCAGUUUAAAGGUCCAGUGCGAAUGGAAUGUAAUAUACUAAGUGUCAAAUCCUUAGAAUGAGCUGUUUAUAUCUACAUAGGAAGCGGGUCCUUGUCCUAAGGGAUUGCCAUGUUGCACCGCCAUGUUUCUACAGUAGCCCAGACUAGACAAACCAAACACUGGGUGUAGAUAGGGCCAUUUGCCUUUUCGCGUUGGCCACUUUAGUUAGCAGCCCCUCUGUGAUGAGCCAAACAGCAUCUGAAAAACACUGAUUUUUAACAUGAAACU